CUGCAUUUCUUUCUCAGAAGUUGAGUUGGACUGUCAGGGAGAGUACAUCUUAAUGCAGCUCUCUGACAGUAUAUCAAAUAUAUACUUCCAGACAAUAUAUAUAUUUAUUAAUCUAUUUUUUUUUAGCAGGACAGAGUCUGCAAACAGCUUGUCGUGGUUGUUUUUUUUCCAUUACUCUUUACAAACUAAUUCUGCAAGUUCUUCAUUUGGAUGCUAGCUAACUUAACAGUAACAUUAGUUGUUACAAAUCUUUCCGAUUUGUCUACGUUUAAUGAUUUUGGACCUCCGAACUGAUAUCAAUAUAUAUAUAUAUAUAUUUUUUGCUAGCUUUGUUAAAAAUGGAUUUUAAAAACGUUAUCAGCGAUUUCAGCCCUAUCACCUCUAACAACAGGCCCGACAGAAUCCACGGCCUUUCCUCACUGUCGCUGCCCGACAUGGCUUCGACUUGCAUCAAGAAUAAUCUCUUCUCUCCUGCUUCAACAAAUGUACUGUCACCCGUCACUAAUCUGGCCUUAAACAUGAACAAUCUAGCUGGACUUGGAAGCCAACAAUGUGAAACUCCCAAGAGGAAAGGACAUGUGCCCCUCCUGAAGAUUCCCUCUUUCGCCUCCGACUGCUCGUCUGAUGCUGGUCUUGGUAUGGAUUCCCCCUUAGACCCUGUGGAUGUUGAGGAGAGGUUUGACGAGGCCGUUCUGCCGUCUGGGAGAGUUACCAACGAUAAAAUGCCAAUCCGAAGAAUCAACUCUCUACCACUGCUGUUAGGCUCCAGUCCGGCUCUGAAGAGUCCGGACCCAGAGAGCCAGCAGCACCGCUACGGGGCCUUCGGACCCUACGGCUCCGCCUCCUCUGGGCAUGGUUGGCAGGGCAACAAGGAGAACCAGGAGGCGGGCUUCGGACCCUACGGCUCCGUGGAGGAGGAGAGAACCUCCUCUGGGCAGAGUGACUACAACUCUGCCCCAGCCCUCAUGCUGUCCCCACCCUCGUCGCAGUGCCUCAGCUCAUUGGACGACAGCAGUCCCAUGAUCCUGCGCCGCUCCUCCUUCACCCGCUCCCUUAAUGAGGAUGACGAUGGUUUCCUUGAAGUUCUGGAUGACUGUGAGGAGGAGGAGGAGGAGUGUGACAUGCCCAUGGGGAUGGCCAGCCUGCUGACGGCUCCUCUAGUGAGGGACAACACUACAGUGGACUCGCCGGUGGCUCGGUGUCGGCCGAGGGGUCUGUUCCGCUCCCCCUCCAUGCCCAGUCAGGUGGAGCGCGCCCCCCUGAAGCGCCCUGAGUGUCCCCAGGAUGAGAACACGCCGGUCAGGGUGAAGAGACGACGCAGCCUGGUGGAAACGCACAUCACCAACGUGGACCAGGGCGACUGCUCUCCUAGAAAAAUGACGUUCUGUAACCACACUGAGAUUGAGAAGCUGCUGGACACUAGUGAGUCUGACCAGGACGUAGAGCUGAUCGGAGAUUUCACCAAACCCUGUGUCCUGUCCACCGUGGAGGGUAAACACCAGGACCUGAAAUACAUCACUCCUGAGAUGAUGGUGUCCGCUCUGAGCGGCCAGCUGCAUCAUGUUGUCGAGAGGAUCGUGGUGAUUGACUGUCGCUACCCGUAUGAGUUUGAGGGGGGCCACAUCAAAGGAGCCCUGAACCUCUACCAGGAGGAGCAGGUAGAGGAGUACCUCCUACGCACCCCCAUCGCCCCCCUCUCCCCUGACCACAGGGUCCUCCUCGUCUUCCACUGUGAGUUCUCCUCGGAGCGAGGGCCCAGGAUGUGUCGUUUCGUACGUGAGAGGGACAGGACGAUGAACGCGUACCCUAACCUGCACUACCCAGAAAUCUACAUUCUCAAAGGAGGCUACAAAGAGUUCUUCCCUCACUUCUGGAUGCAGUGUGAGCCCCAGGGGUACCGGCCCAUGCACCACCAGGACUUUAAAGAGGACCUGAGGAAGUUCAGACUGAAGAGCAGGACCUGGGCCGGGGAGCGCAGCAAGAGGGGACUGUACAGCAGACUGAAGAAGCUGUAGCCCCGCCCUUCCUGUCACCCUACUGCCCCCCUCCCUGUCACCCUACU